AUGCCCCGCGGCCCGGCCGCCGCCGCCUCGCUGCUGCUGCUGCUGGCGCUGCUGCUGGCGGCGGCCCCGCCGCACGGCGGCUCCGAGAGCCCCAAGGGGAGGCAGAAGGCGCUCCGCCAGCGGGAGGUGCUGGACGUGUAUAAUGGCAUGUGCUUACAAGGCCCCAGUGGUGUUCCUGGACGGGAUGGAAACCCAGGAGCCAAUGGGAUCCCUGGGACACCUGGGAUCCCUGGACGGGAUGGGCUGAAAGGGGAGAAGGGUGAGUGCAUGCGUGAGAGCAUCGAGGAGUCCUGGACACCCAACUUCAAGCAGUGUUCGUGGAGCGCGCUCAAUUACGGCAUCGACCUUGGGAAGAUCGCGGAGUGUACGUUCACCAAGAUGCGCUCCAACAGCGCUCUCCGCGUGCUCUUCAGCGGCUCGCUGCGGCUCAAGUGCAGGAGCGCCUGCUGCCAGCGCUGGUACUUCACCUUCAAUGGGGCAGAGUGUGCUGGGCCACUGCCCAUUGAAGCCAUCAUUUACUUAGAUCAAGGAAGCCCGGAGCUGAAUUCUACUAUUAACAUACACAGAACUUCUUCAGUGGAAGGUCUGUGUGAAGGGAUCAAUGCUGGCUUGGUGGAUAUUGCCAUCUGGGUUGGGACGUGCUCAGAUUAUCCACGGGGAGAUGCUUCUACUGGAUGGAAUUCAGUCUCCCGAAUCAUCAUUGAAGAACUGCCAAAAUAACUUCCCUUCCUCCUUUUUUAUAAUACCUUUUUCUUUUUUAAUGUUGUACUAUUUUUUUUCAGAAUUUAUUUCAAUAGAGUUAGAUGCAAGUACUGGACUGAAAGGCACCAAAGCCUUGCAUCUGUAGCCUUUGUCUUGUUUUGCACAUGGCAGAGGCUUUUUAUAAUCAUUUUAGAAUACAAGUAUCAAAACCAAGUU